AUGGCCCAAUACAACAUUGCAAUUGGAGAACAAAGACAUAACCAAUCAAAAGUCAUCGCAGAGAAUGAAGGUUCGUACCCAAAAACAAAAUCCCCUCUGAGUAUUGAGAAGCACGCUGUUAAAAUUUACACCAUAAACAUAUUCUAUGAAAUCCAACAAGAGAUAUGGGAGGCAGGAUUCACGUGCCACCUCAGAGACAAAACCAAAGAAGGGGAGAUAUGGAAGUACAUAGUAGAGGACACUAGUGGCAAAAUGUUUGAAGUUACACAACAUCCAACAGCAGAAAACAUAGAGUGUGCAUGCAAUAAAUUCAACAGUAUGGGUCUACUAUGCAGGCAUGUGUUGUUGGUAAUGAAGGCAGAAGGAUAUGACACCAUCCCGGAAAAGUAUAUCGUUACACGCUGGACCCGAACCGCAUGUGCACAACCAAUGUAUGAUGUGCCAUGGGCAAGAAAAAUAAAUACUCCCAAAACGAAAGAAGCGAAAAAAAUGGCCAAUAAACUAUGGAGUGAAUUCUACACCUGCAUGGGAUUGGCAAAUGGUUGGCCUAAGAAAAUGGACCAAAUGUUGGCAACAUUGCAACAACUUAAAAAAGAUCUAGAAAUGGAGAUGCAAGAAACACAAGAGAGUGGCAACAACGAAUCGCCAUUUGAAAGACUUAUAGGUGCAAACAGACUAGGCGACAUACAAAUAAAGCCACCUAAAGUCGCAAAGAAUAAAGGAAGUGGGAAAAGAAUAAAAAGCAACAAAGAGAAAGCCACCGAAAAGAAACACUCGAAAAAAAAAGAACGUGCAAUAUAUGCGACCUCCCAGACCACAACAGUCGCACCUGUCCAGACAAAGUCGCCCCAAAUGAAGUUUAGAAUAUCUAUAUUUGAAAAACAUAGAUCAAUGGUUGUAAGUUUCCAUUAA